AUGAAGCUCUCACUCCUUGGGGGCACCACCGCAGUAGCCCUGCUAUCGGGUGUGGCCAAUGCUGCGACGCCUGAUGACUGGCGCUCACAGUCGAUUUACUUUCUUCUGACUGAUCGAUUUGCGCGGGCUGACAACUCGACCACUGCCACUUGCAAUACAGAAGACGGGAUUUAUUGCGGUGGAUCAUGGCAGGGAGUCAUAAACCAGCUGGACUAUAUCCAAGGCAUGGGUUUUACCGCCAUUUGGAUUUCUCCUGUGACCGGACAGCUGACCGAGGUCACUUCUGAUGGAUCAUCGUACCACGGGUACUGGCAGCAGGACAUCUAUGCGCUAAACGAGAACUUUGGCACCUCUGAUGACCUGAACGACCUGGCCUCGGCGCUGCACGACCGAGGAAUGUACCUCAUGGUUGACGUGGUGGCGAACCACAUGGGUUAUGCUGGAGACCCAACCACUGUGGACUAUUCCGUCUUCAACCCAUUCAACUCCCAGGACUACUUCCACCCGUACUGUGCGCUCACCGAUUACACCAACCAGACCAUGACUGAGGAGUGCUGGAUGGGUGAUGACACCGUAUGCCUGCCCGACUUGGACACUGAAAGCACCAGCGUACAGGACAUUUGGUUCAGCUGGAUUGGAGACCUGGUUGCCAACUACUCUAUUGAUGGCAUCCGUAUCGACACCGUGGCAGAAGUCAGUAAAGAUUUCUGGGCUACAUACAACGAGAAAGCCGGCGUCUAUGCUGUUGGCGAAGUCGACAACGGCGACGUCACAUACGCCUGCCCUUACCAAACCGCUCUGGACGGUAUCCUCAACUACCCAACUUACUUCCCGCUCGUGCGUGCGUUCGAAAGCAGCAGCGGCAGUAUAUCCGAGCUCGCGGACAUGAUCAACUCAGUCAAGUCGGACUGCACAGACACGAACCUGCUGGGCAGCUUUAGCGAAAACCACGACAACCCGCGAUUUGCCUCGUACACACAGGAUCUCGCGCUGGCCAAGAAUGUGCUUACAUAUACGAUCUUGGCAGACGGUAUCCCCAUCAUCUAUGCGGGCCAGGAACAGCACUAUGACGGCGCUGAGGACCCGGCUAACAGAGAGGCAACGUGGCUGAGCGGAUACAACACGACUUCGGAGCUGUACACAUGGGUUGCUAAGAUGAACAAGAUCCGAAGCUUCGCAAUCAAGUCGGAUGAUGGAUACACCACGUACAAUAACUACCCCAUCUACCAAGACGACAACAACUUGGGGAUGCGCAAGGGCAGCAACGGCAGCCAAAUCAUCACCGUCGUCUCCAACCUCGGUGCCGACGGCGGCCAGACCACGCUGACGGUCAGUGGAGGCGGGUAUACGGCUGGCACGGUGCUCACGGAGCUGAUUACCUGCACGUCGGUGACAGUGGGGGAUGGUGGCGACAUUUCGGUGUCUCUGGACAGUGGCUUGCCUAGUGUGUUGUAUCCGGCGUCCAAGCUGAACGGGACCGGAAGCCCUUGUUAG